AAACAAUUGGCCAAGCGCUGACCACUCAUACAAUUUGUCAUGCAAGCAUGCGGCAAGGAAUGCGAUACACCUUGUAGACCUUGGACGCUUACAAAUGUCAAGAGAUCGCCUUGUAUACUUAUUGAGCAUAUACCUAUGUAUCACCAUUACUUUUCACUGUCUUGAUCUCCGUUCAUUUGGAUUCGACGGCAUCUUGAAGCACAAUGGCCCCAUUUGGAACACUAUAUACUAUCCCAGGACGAGUACAUCCAAGAACAAGAAAGAUCUUCGCCGCUGCGACGUUGAACGGCCUUGAGCUUCAAGUACCGAGUGACUUUGAGCCUGGCGAGACCAACAAGACGCCUGAGUUUUUGAACAAAUUUCCAUUGGGCAAGGUCCCAGCUUUUGAAACCCCAGAAGGCUUCAAGUUGGUCGAGAGUUCUGCCAUCGCAUCGUACAUUGCAGGACAGGGCUCCAAACGCGACCAAUUGCUGGGCGCAACUGCGGAGGAUCGCGCUAGGAACGAACAAUGGAUUCUUUUCAACGAGCUGCAUCUUGAGACAACCGCUUAUACGUUAGCUGCAUGGCGCAUGGAAAUUGAAGAAUUCGAUGCGAAGAAAGAGAAAGCAGCUGCAAAAGACCUAGUCAGAUGGUUGGACUAUUACGAAUCACAUUUGGCAGGAAGGCAGUGGUUCAUCAACGCUGAUGGGGCAGGGCCGAGUUUGGCUGACUUGACUAUCGGCGGGACAUUGUUCGCGUUGUACUUUGUGUAUGUGGAUGCGGAAAUGCGCCCACAAUACGCGAAUAUCUUGGCCUUCUUCGAAAGAUUGAAGCAGACAACGGGAUUGAUGGAAUUGUAUACUGGGCCAAUGGUUGACAAGAGAAAAGCAUGCCCCAACUGACUGGGCGCUGGCACUGCUGGAUCGCAAAUAGACAUCUAACACAGGUUCGGCAUAGAAAAUAUGAGGUACAAUUGAGAUGUAGGGCAACUCUGGUCAGUCAUUUCCC